AUGGGAACGUUACUUAGGUGUUUGCUGUUUCUUGUGCUUGCGGCGGCUCUCGGAGAGUGUCAAGAUCAGGUGGCGCUCCCGUUUACACGUCAGAUACUCCUCCGAGGCAUUGGAAAUGUAACCUUGAACUCCACAUUUAAUGAAUUGGUCACACAGUAUCUCAACGUGGCUAUUGAUCCAAGGAAAGUGUUUACAAACUCGUUUGCGCAUCAGCCAGAUGUGGUUAUUGUCGCCAGUCAAUGGUUUACAGGUAGCCCAGAUGAAGUUAUGACUGAUAUUGAGGCUUUAAAUGGCAUCUUUGAUGGCUGGUCAACUGUACCAGAUGCUCAAUUGAUUGACAACCUGAACCAAUUGAGCUUGAAUGAGUUUGGGAGGCAACCUGCAAGGUUCGAAUUUACGAACGUUUGCGAAUAUCAAAACGAUGUGGUGAGUGUGAAUUCUUUGGAUUUUGGCUUUAACAAUCUUACCCUUUCGAUUGCUAUGCAAGAAAACCCUAGAGAACGUCUGGUUAUGAAGCUCUGUCAAAUUUUUUCGAUGCAGGAUUGCUCUCUUAUAACAUUAGGAUUCAUCGAUUUCGUCAAUCAACUGUUUUUCGCUCAUGUGACAGUGACAACACCUGACAGGAGUGAGCUCUUGUUGGAGCUUGUGGAUCAUCUUAGAUAUGCUUCGACUCUGCUCUCAGAGCGGAUCGUUUCUGUCGUGGUAGAGGACGUAAGUGUAUACUCUCGGCCCAGCUAUCCGGCUCUCACCUACCAUGGGGAUGUUUCUUCUUGUCUACCCCAUUAUUGGUUCUUGAUCUUCUUGAUUCUGCUGAUUCCUGUGAUUCUUAUAGGUGCGCAGCGAUUGUACUACUGUGGGGAGGAGUCAGGAAAGAAGUCAAUCCGUAAUACAGAGUGGGAUAUCCGUGGGGGCGUUCGAUACAAAGAACGAAUUCAGACACAGUUGGGCGGUAGAAUGCAACCCCUUCCGUCUGUGUAUUCAGGGCCUAUGCACUCAGGGAAUCAGUACUCUGGCGAUGGCAGACAGUACAUGGUGUGGCAGGAGGACCAUGGAACGCAGCAGGGGUCCCAGCAGGAUCAGUCCGUAUAUUAUGAUACAAACAGCAAUUGGCAAUACACUGGGGUAAAUCAAAACCAGCAACUCUACUCUGUUGUUGGCCGGAAUUAG